UUUAAGGCGUGGGGGUCAGGUGGGUGGGCUUUUAAUGAGGUCGCCACAGAAGGCGGCUAAAGUCCUUUUUUUCGUGUGUCUUGGAAGAGACUGGUGAACCAGGACGUUGGUGCCGGCUGAGGCGCUGUGAGGUGCGCGCCUUCAGCGCCUCUCCAUAGACGGGCUCUCUAGGAGCUGAGAAGGGGGGGCUCUUGAGGAGAUGCAGUUGGGGGAGCAGCUCUUGGGGAGCACGGCCAACCUGCCCGGCGCCCCUUUUUAUCCGCUGGAGAGCGCGGGCGGCUCCACGCGCCACCUUAGCUCGGGGUCGCCGCCGCGCCUGGACUUGGAAAAGGGACCGAAGAAGUUCGGCGGUGUUUCGGAGCCGGCGGCAGCAGGGAUGCUGGGCGAGGCCGAGGCGGCGGGCGACACGCCACCCUUUGUCGCCGCCGGCCAGGGGCCCACUAAAGCGGCGACGGUGGUGGACGGCGGCCGCAAGAGUUCGCCUUGCCCGGCUGAGGAAGAGGUGCUGCCGCCGGUGCCGGCGCCUGCGCGCUACUCGCUGGACGGCCUGAGCCCUGAGCGCUACUACCUGCAAUCGCCCGGUCCGCAGGGGGGCGCCGAGCUGGGCGGCCCGUGCGCCCUUUUCCCGUACGCGGGGGCGGCGGGAAGCGCGCAGCCCGGCUCCAUGUACCAGGCGUCCGGUGGGACGCGCUACCCCUACGGCUCGGUCCUGUCGCCGCCCGGGGGCUUCUCUACCGCGGCUAGCAGGACGCCUUUCGGGUCGGCCGCCGGCGCCUACCAGUACAGCCAAGGGGCUCCGCCGGGCAGCCUCUAUAGCCCUUAUCCGGCGGCGGCAGCGGGUUCCUGCGGCGGGCUGGGCGCCCUGGCGAUGCCCGGCGGGGCGGGCGGGCUCCGAGCUCAAGUCUUCCUCUGCAACCGGCCGCUCUGGCUCAAGUUCCACCGGCACCAGACCGAGAUGAUCAUCACCAAGCAGGGCAGGCGGAUGUUCCCCUUCCUGAGCUUCAACAUCACAGGCCUCAAUCCCACCGCCCACUACAACGUCUUCGUGGAGGUGGUGUUAGCCGAUCCCAACCACUGGCGUUUCCAGGGGGGAAAGUGGGUGACAUGCGGCAAAGCCGAUAACAAUAUGCAAGGCAAUAAGGUUUACGUGCAUCCUGAAUCACCCAACACUGGAGCCCACUGGAUGAGACAGGAGAUCUCGUUUGGAAAACUGAAAUUAACUAAUAACAAAGGGGCCAAUAAUAAUAAUACCCAGAUGAUAGUACUGCAAUCUCUGCACAAAUAUCAGCCACGUCUCCAUAUUGUGGAAGUGACAGAAGAUGGUGUUGAAGACAUGAAUGACUCUUCUAAGACGCAGACAUUUAACUUUCCUGAAACCCAGUUCAUAGCUGUAACUGCUUAUCAGAACACUGAUAUCACACAGCUUAAAAUUGACCAUAAUCCUUUUGCAAAAGGUUUUCGGGACAACUAUGAUUCCAUGUACACAGCUUCAGAAAAUGACAGAUUAACUCCAUCUCCCACGGAUUCUCCUAGAUCCCACCAGAUUGUCCCAGGAGCCCGGUACAGCAUGCAACCCUUCUUCCAGGAACAAUUUGUCAACAACCUGCCACCAGCUAGAUUCUAUAAUGGGGAAAGAACUGUACCUCAGACCAAUGGCCUCCUCUCACCUCAGCAGAAUGAAGAGGUAACCAAUCCCCCACAGAGAUGGUUUGUCACACCAGUCCAGCAGUCUGGGACCAACAAACUGGACAUGAACUCGUAUGAAACUGACUACUCUCCUAGUACCCUACUUCCGUAUGGUAUCAAAUCCCUUCCCCUUCAGACAUCCCAUGCCUUGGGCUAUUACCCUGAUCCAGCAUUCUCCUCCAUGGCAGGAUGGGGAAGCAGGGGCUCUUAUCAGAGGAAAAUGUCUGCCGGCUUACCUUGGACCUCCAGAACAAGUCCUCCAGGUUUCUCUGAAGAUCUGCUUUCGAAAGAGAAAGUGAAAGAAGAAAUGGGGUCAUCCUGGAUAGAGACCCCACCAUCCAUAAAGUCUCUAGAUUCAAAUGAUUCUGGAGUCUACACUGGCGCUUGUAAAAGGCGGCGGCUCUCCCCAAGCACAUCAAGCAAUGAAAAUUCCCCAACGAUGAAGUGUGAAGACAUUAACACUGAGGACUAUAGCAAAGACACUUCCAAAGGCAUGGGUUACUAUGCUUUCUAUACCAGUUCUUAAGUUCUGGUCUCUUGUGUUAAAACCUGACUGGCUAUAAUCUUUCAGUGGUGGUGCAGAGAUCUUUUGCAUAAAUGAUGCCAAAGGAACUCUUUAACAUCCACCUAUUUGAAAUGUUUUUGUGCAAUUCUAUAGAAGGUGCCAAAGCUUUUGACUGACUUCUGCAGGUAAAAAGGGAAGAAACUGGGUAGCACUCCAAAAUAACUUGGCCUCUUUCCUCCCCUCCCCCCAUCCCAAGGAAGGAGACUUGAAGGAGCCUCUAAGCAGCAUUCUGAUAUUAAGCAUGGUUUUCUUUCUUUUUUAAGGCAGGAAAGGAGGGGGCAAUUUUUUAAAAAAAGUUGUACAAUUUGACCAAUGGGUAAGUGCUAUGCACUUCCAAACAGUUCUAAGGUUCUCUGAGUAAAGGAAGAGCAGGUGUUUCUUGAAUAAAUUACUGCCCUAUUGGAUCUAUUGUCAUAGCUGAAUAGUGGAAAUAUUCAAAAUGGAGGCUUUACCAAUAGAAUUCUUCAAGAAGUAUGCAAAACCAAACUUUUGGCUUAAUGACUAAACAUUGUCUUGUCUGAAGAGACGUUAAAGGACUUGGCAGAAAGUUAUAGCAGUGAAGGAAUCCUACAAAGGUAGCAAAAAUUCAGUAUUGUGUACAGCUUUGUGUUGUCUAGAUAUAUUGUAGACUACGACAAAACAUUCUGUGUAAUUCUAGACAUGGCAGUGCAGUUGGGUGUCUGAAGCUAGUGUAUGUUGGGAGUUCUUUAUUUCAAACAGCCUCUAAUCUGACAAUAGAUACUGAUGCUGAGAUUACAUCAAAAUAUCUAUUUAUUGGUAGGUGGUGAAUGUAUUUUUCAGCUGUUCUAAACUGAAAGUGUGUUGUAACUCCUGUUGCUCAAUCAAUCAUUCUUAUGGUAUGAUGUUGAGGUGGCAAAAGACUUUAAAACAAAGCAUUAGUUUUAUUGGAGGCUGGGACUUUUGUCUGUACAUAAUGAUUUUUAAUAAAUGUGUUGCUAUGA